GCCGUAGAUAAAGCGGAGAGCGGGGCCGCGGCGCCGACAGCGGUAGUGGGCUCACCUGCGGCAGGUGUUCCGGCAGGUGCCCCGGGCGGACCCCACCUGGACGAGCGAGGACGGGCGCUGCGGGAAGAUGCUGCGGGAGCGGACCGUGCGGCUGCAGUACGGGAGCCGCGUGGAGGCGGUGUACGUGCUGGGCACCUACCUCUGGACGGAUGUCUAUAGCGCGGCCCCCGCUGAGGCCCAGACCUUCAGCCUGAAGCACUCAGAGCGCGUGCGGGUAGAGGUGGUGCAUGACGGGCAGGCCGAGGAGGUGGCCGCCAACGGCAAACAGCGCUGGCUUCUGUCGCCCAGCACCACGCUGCGCGUCACCAUGAGCCAGGCGAGCACCGAGGCCAGCAGUGACAAGGUCACCGUCAACUACUACGAGGAGGAGGGGAAUAUGCCCAUUGACCAAGCUGGGCUCUUCCUCACGGCCAUUGAGAUCUCCCUGGACGUGGAUGCAGACCGGGACGGCGUGGUGGAGAAGAACAACCCAAGAAAGGCAUCCUGGACCUGGGGCCCUGAAGGUCAGGGGGCCAUCCUGCUGGUGAACUGUGACCGAGACACACCUUGGCUGCCCAAGGAGGACUUGAAGGAUGAGAAGGUCUACAGCAAGGAAGACCUCAAGGACAUGUCCCAGAUGAUCCUGCGGACCAAAGGCCCGGACCGCCUCCCUGCAGGAUACGAGAUAGUUCUCUACAUUUCCAUGGCCGACUCGGACAAAGUGGGAGUGUUCUACGUGGAGAAUCCGUUUUUCGGCCAACGUUACAUCCACAUCCUGGGCCGGCGGAAGCUCUACCACGUGGUCAAGUACACGGGCGGCUCGGCGGAGCUGCUGUUCUUCGUGGAAGGCCUGCGUUUUCCCGACGAGGGCUUUGCAGGCCUGGUCUCCAUCCACGUCAGCCUGCUGGAGUACAUGGCCGAGGAGAUUCCCCUGACACCCAUCUUCACGGACACCGUGAUAUUCCGGAUUGCUCCGUGGAUCAUGACCCCCAACAUCUUGCCUCCUGUGUCGGUGUUCGUGUGCUGCAUGAAGGACAAUUACUUGUUCCUAAAAGAGGUGAAGAACCUGGUUGAGAAAACGAACUGUGAACUGAAGGUCUGCUUCCAGUAUGUAAACCGAGGUGACCGCUGGAUCCAGGAUGAAGUUGAGUUUGGCUACAUAGAGGCCCCCCACAAAGGCUUCCCCGUGGUACUGGACUCCCCCCGAGACGGAAAUCUGAAGGACUUCCCAGUGAAGCAGCUUCUGGGCCCAGAUUUCGGCUACGUGACCCGGGAGCCCCUCUUUGAGCCUGUCACCAGCCUCGAUUCCUUUGGGAACCUGGAGGUCAGUCCACCAGUGACUGUGAAUGGCAAGACAUACCCCCUGGGCCGGAUUCUCAUCGGGAGCAGCUUUCCUCUGUCCGGCGGUCGGAGGAUGACCAAGGUGGUGCGGGACUUCCUGCAGGCCCAGCAGGUACAGGCGCCCGUGGAGCUCUACUCGGACUGGCUGACUGUGGGCCAUGUGGAUGAGUUCAUGACGUUCGUCCCCAUCCCGGGCACAAAGAAAUUCCGGAUGCUCAUGGCCAGUACCUCGGCCUGCUACAAGCUCUUCCGAGAGAAGCAGAGGGAGGGCCACGGGGAGGCCAUCAUGUUCAAAGGCUUGGGCGGGAUGAGCAGCAAGCGAAUCACCAUCAACAAGAUUCUAUCCAAUGAGAGCCUCGUGCAAGAGAACCAGUACUUCCAGCGUUGCCUGGACUGGAACCGCGACAUCCUCAAGAAGGAGUUGGGACUGACAGAGCAGGACAUCAUGGAUCUGCCCGCUCUGUUCAAGAUGGAUGACAACCGCCAGGCCAGAGCCUACUUCCCAAACAUGGUGAACAUGAUCGUGCUCGACAAGGACCUGGGCAUCCCUAAGCCGUUCGGGCCCCAGGUGGAUGAGGUGUGCUGCCUGGAGACGCACGUGCGCUCCCUGCUGGAGCCCCUGGGCCUCUGUUGCACCUUCGUGGAUGACAUCUCCGCCUACCAUAAGUUUCUAGGGGAGGUGCACUGCGGCACCAACGUCCGCAGGAAGCCCUUCUCCUUCAAGUGGUGGCACAUGGUGCCCUGAGCUGCAGGGGGCUACGCUGUGCGGGUCUCAGCCUGUCGGUACCAAGAUUGUGGCGGGACCGGCCCUCAUGGUUCUUAGGAUUGCAAGAUGUCCUUCAGCAAUAACGGUCAGGAAACUCUGGGGGGGAGAAAAGGAUGAUUACUUCCAGGACCUGGAAAUUGCACGGCACACCUGGGGGCCACACAGCAAAGUUGCAGGGAGAGGGAGAAGGCACAGGCCUGGGGGUCUGCAGACUCCUCCUUUAUUGGUGAAUUUAAAACAUAAAAGUGGGAAUGUAAAGCACUGGGACGAGGAAAAUCAAGGGGCCCAAAUGGUCACCUUUAGAAACCAGCCAAGAUUUCUAAAACAAAGGAGCCUGGGGGAGGAGGAAGACUGGGGUUUUAUCUAGUCCUAUGCUUAUUGGAGAUCGCUUUCUUUGAAGUGGAUAGCUCAGUAUUCAAAGCCCAAGUGAGGCACUUGCAUUACCAAAAAGAGAAAAUCCAACUGUCAGGGGCUGACAAGACAGGGGCCUUGGCACCUCUCUCCUCCUUUCUUUCUCCAGACCCCUGGCAUCCCGCCUCCCCCCCAGAACUUUCCCCUGCCUGGCAAGGACUUGACAAGGACUGGACUGUCCCCACCCUGGGAGGCCUCCGGGAAGGGGGGUAGGGAUUUGGGACAUCUGUACCUUGCCAUCUCUCAGAAGGGCCCCAGCUCCCACCAAAGUCACUCCUGAUAAACCUCAACUCGGUCCUUCCUGAAAAUAGCUGUGCACUUGGCCAGCGUCUGCAUAGCCCUGACAUGAAAAAUGAAGAAACAAAAACUCUGUACCCAGACCAUUCCCCAAAGAGUCCUUAGUCUCGUGUCCAAAAUUGAAGGAGGGGAGAAGGGAAGGAGGUUCUGGGAUUACCAGUUCUGGUAGCCAUGCCCUGAAGGUCAAGGUAGAUCCCAUGGAAGGGGACCCUGGGGCCCCAGACGCACCUUAAACUGCUGUCGUCAUUUCAAAUUCGGCUCCCUUGGGAUGUGCAGGUGGCUGCCUCCAAUUAUUCAUUCCUUCCCGGCCUCUCAGAUCCCCUUGGCUUUCUCUCUGCAGUGUAGACAUCAUUGACUAGCUUCCCCAUUCCCUGAGGGUCCAAUAAUUUAGCUUAGAACUUACCCCAGAAGCAGAUUUUAUCAGACCUCUCCAUUUCCGAGAUGCUCCUUAUACCUGAUCUUUCUGAUGGACGCAGGCUCUCCCAAAUGCUUGGGGGGGUCCCCCCAGACCAGCAUCCUUAUACCUGAGAGUGCCGUGGGUGAAGAUGCCCAGACUCAGCCAAAUCCUUCUCCUGCCUGGUUCUCCAUUCCCCGGGCAGUCCCUGGCCUCCCUCCUCGCAUGCCUCCACUUUCUAUUCCUGAUGCCAUCCCUCCAAGCAGCUAGACAGGGACUUUUUCACCACCAACCUGCCCCCAGGAUAUAAUUAAAGACCCGCCUGUUCUCCCCAGACCUUAGAUCCGACAUAUAAGGACCUAGCCUGGCCCCCAGCCCAACAGCCAGUUCUGGGCCAGCAGCUGGCCUUAGACACAGACUGUCUAUCCCAUGGAAGUUCACCAGCGCAUUUGCUGAACACCCUCUCAUUUGGACAUAACUAGAUUAGUUCCCUGGCUCCAACCCCAAAGACUCAGUUUCAACAAAAACAAAGGUUCCUUGAGGGCCAGCUGAUGUCAGGAGAAUAAGUGAAUUAUAAUUCCACUUUGCGGGUUAAAAAGAACCAAUUUAUCGCCAAUGAGAGGGUUAUAAAUUUGUAUUCUUGGGAGAACAAGAUUUUCUUCUUGGGUUAUUUCAUUCACGGGUUCAGCAAACAGUUGUUGUGUGCCUGCUAAGUGCCAGGUAUGGUGCUGGGCUCUGAGGACGCAGUGGUCAGCAGCGCACUGGGCCUGGCCCCUGCCUCCUGGAGCUGGUCAGUUCUCAACAUGCAGUGUCCACAUCGAAAUGGCCAGCAUUUGCCCUUUCAGUGCUGUGCUCUGUCGAAGUGGCAACCCAUUCUAUUCAGGAAAUGCCCAGGCCACAGAACUUCCUGCAAGUCACUAUUUUGGAUGAAGGUGAGGGUUCUUUUUCAACUGGCCUCCUAUCCCACCCACUUGGGCCAGUAUCCAUCCGAUAGAUCAGACCCCAGAGCCUUCAGAAGCCGUUGUACCCCUUCCUUUGGGGUCCAAAGCCCCAGAUCUCUGCAACCCCAGAGCUGAAAACACCAAGUGCCUAUUUGAAGGUGUUCAUCUGGAGACUUAGAGUUUGUUGUGUGUGCGUGUGUGUUUGUGUGUGUGUGUGUGUUCGGUUAAUGUGGGGUUUGGGGUUUUCUUUCAUUUGUUUUCUCUAGUCUACCUUAAGGGGAAGUGAACACCUCCCAUGUGGAGACAGUGUGUGUUUAUAGAUUUUUCUAAAACUCUCUCCAGUUGGUAAUUUCUGAUGAUUCUGGAGUCCCCAGAACUCAGAUACCUAUUGCCAUCUUGCUUGCCCCCCACUACCCCGUGUGACUACUCUCAGUGUGCACACCUCCCCCAAUCCCCGUGGACUCAUCGCUCUUCCCCACCCCCUACUUUCUAUAAAUGUAGGCCUAGGAUACAGUUCUGUGUUGCAAAACUCAGCUAAGUUCCUGUUUCGAUCUUUAUUUUGAAAUAUUUUAUGUAAGCGGGAAGGGGGGUGCCAUGAAGAUGGCAAGAAGCCGGGCACAGUUUCAACUUUCGGGACGAGAGACCAUGAUGGAGAUCGAAAGAUGUUUGGGGAAGAGCCUAUUUAAAUAGCAAUAAAAUAAACCAUCAGAGGGGAAGUA